AUCUUUGUUCCAUGAUAGGAUGACAGUUUCUCCCGAUGGAUCUCUGAUGAUCUCCAACCUCAAUAUAGCUGAUGAGGGAAAUUACACAGCGAAGAUACAAUCAGAUAAAUCAGAUGAUAUCUAUGUAAUUAUGAAAAUCUAUGAAAAGGUUGGUAAACCGACAAUCACAGCUUCUAUCUCAAAUCCCAAAGAAAAUGAUACGGUGACCCUCACCUGUACCUCUACUCAUGCGGAGAGGAUAGUAUGGAGCAGAGUCCCCUCUGGAGCCACCUUGUCCUCAGAUAACAGGACCAUCUCCUUCUCCAUGAUUAACCGUUCAGAUGCAGGAGAUUAUAGUUGUACGGCUGCCAACCCUGUCAGUAAGGACAACAGUGACUCCUUCCAAAUAACUGUAGCAUAUGGCCCAGAAAACGUGAAUAUCAACGUCCGCAUAAUUUCAGCUUCUUCAGUUUCUUUAGAAUGUUCUGCUAAUUCUGUCCCACCGUCCACUUACCAUUGGAAACGAAAUGGGACAGAUAUAAAGGAUAAGCCAAAUCCGCUGCAAGUAGAUCAAAUGAAGGAUGAGGGGACUUACACAUGUGUGGCGACUAACUCGGUAACGAAGCUUACUGCCACACAUUCUACAUAUGUGAAUGCAACUAUUGGUCAGACCAUCCCCUCAGCAGCGGCUCCGGAACCGCCCGAACUAGAGUAUGCUGAUAUUGUUUUCAGCAAAAACAUGCCAAAAAGACAGCAGCCGGCUCCUGAGACGGUGUACGCCAACAGAGCUGCCUUAGCUCACCCUCCGGAUGUCGUGUAUUCUGAUUUAAGACUAAACCGACCUUAA